UAGUUUCCAAGUCAACAAUUUAGGAAAAAGUAUCUUGAAUUGUUAUUUGUUUGUAAAUUGAAAGAUCUUUUCAAUCGAAUAUGAACUUGAGUGUAGUUGAUGAAUUAAAAGUUGAAGAAUGUCUACGUAAAUGUAAAUGCUGCUUGGAUGAUAAGGAACUUAAAGCGCUGUGGGACGAACAUGUCUACGACGGUGAACAAGAAAUAUACGGUCUACUCUUGGUUGAAUGUUUCGCUUUACCGUGGGAGCCAUCGGAAGAUGAAGAAUUCAUUUGCAAAUUGUGUGUCUCACGACUCCGUGAAGCUGUAUAUUUUAAACAGGAAAUAUUAUCAACUGAAGAAAUUUUAUCAAAUGAAAUUGUCACCAAAGACGGCCAUUGUCCAUCCACUCAAGACAAAGACACAACCAUUCAGUAUAUAUCUCAAGACGAAUUAGAUCAGUAUACCAUCUUAGAAGAUGCUUUGAGUGAUAGUAAUGAGCCGCAAGAGGUCGCAACCUCGCUCCCAUCUAUUUCUCCGGAGGACAGAUAUGAGCAAGUGGAGUAUCUUGAAAUGGAAGACCAAACCGCUCAAGAAAAAGUAGUAGUUUUGGAUUUAAAUCCAGAAGAGUCCAGCCAGGACUCCUCGAUCCCAGGUGCCCUGAGUCCCGAGCUAACUAAACGGAAAUGGCCGAAGAAAAAGAAGAAGAGUGAACGCACAAAACAGUACAAGCAGUACACACUACAGGACCUCCGUUGCGCUGUGAAAGCGGUCCGCAGUGGAGAGAUGUCGCUAGCAAUCGCAGCGACAACAUAUGGCGUACCCAAGAAAACCCUAGCCGUGAAGGUCAAUGUCGAUGGUGGGGACGGCGACGAAGCCAAAGAAUCGAGUAACGAGAAACAUUUCCAGUUGAUAGAGGAAAUAAAGAAGAUACUGCUUCAUACAACAGCGAUACCAUUCAAAACGAAGACAACUCGAUACUACUGCUUCUAUUGUUCUACCGAGGGACCGACUUUCGAAGACCCGGACGAUUUAAGAAAGCACACGAGAACGAAACACGUCCACGAACGAACGAAGAUCGAGCUGUACAUGCGGCCUCAAUGGCUGAACGAGAUAAUAAAACUGGACGUCGAUGACCUUCACUGCAGGACCUGCUAUAUGCUGCUGCCUGACUGGAAUCACGUGUUCGUCCACCUCGCGGAAGAACACGACCUCGAAUUCGAUCAAGCGUAUUCCAAGGUCAUACCCUAUGCCCUCGACUCAGACCUGAAGUGUGUCCUCUGUCAUCAGAACUUCCACAAUUUCGGACACCUUGACAGUCAUAUGAAUAAUCAUUACAGUAAUUACAUUUGUUAUGAGUGUGGGGACACAUUCCUAUCAGCUACCCGGUUGGAUAAACACCUGAACGUCCACAAAGUGGGCAACUAUCCUUGUGAUGUUUGCGACAAAGUGUUCACAUUGGACAAGUAUCGGGCCAAGCAUGUCAGCCUCGUCCACAACCAAGAGAGUACGAUCAAAUGUUUAUAUUGCCAGGAGAAGUUCUUGGGUUUGUUUCAAAGACAUGUACAUGUGACGGAACAUCAUAAGGAUAAAGUGAAGGUGUUGACAUGUGAGUUUUGUGGUAAUUGUUAUACAUGGAAGCCAUACUUCCUAGCUCAUAUGAAGAGACGCCAUGGUGCUGAAAAGAAACAUCAGUGUAAACACUGCGAUAAAACCUUCCUAAUGAAAUAUGAAUUGAAGAAUCAUAUGGUCCGUCACACUGGUGAGAGGAACUACCUGUGCGGUCUGUGUGGCGAGAGCUUUACGAGGAUGAUCAGCUUGAAAAAGCAUUGCCAAAUGCAUAAAGAAUUCAAUACAACGAUAGAAAAUUAAAGA